CUCGCUAUCCCCUCCCCCCUUCUGGAUCGUCGGCAUUCGUGGCCUCGUCAUUCUGGAUCGGAGGACAAUCGAGGCCUUUCUUCUCUUCUUUAAUGUCUGAUGUAAACAGAGAAGCAAACACCCGUUAACGUACGAGGAAGAGAAAUUUCCACCGACGUCCCCGCCCGCGUCUCUCUCUUGCUCCGCUGUGCGCCGUCACGGAAACCACCUCAGCUGCACGUCGCGAAACGCCACCUAAUCGCAGCCAUGUGGUUCUCAGCGUUACGAUCGGCUUUCCUGCUCUCCUGCUUUUCGGCCGUCCUCCCGGGCGCCGAGGCAGCGGAGCCUAUGUUGGUGUCGAACUCGCUCAACACCUGUCAAGAAAACUCCUUGUUUACUGCUAGUCUGUUCAAGGUCACCUACACCCCGAAUAACAACACUGCGUUCCUCAACAUCGUCGCUACCUCGUCUGUCGAAGGCAUGGUUGUCUUCGAUAUCUCCAUCUCGGCAUAUGGUCACCCUAUUAUCAAGACGGAGAUCGAUCCCUGCAAGCUUGGACUGGCUGGUCUUUGCCCCAUGACGGCCGGUAAGAUUCCGCUGAAGUUUAACUUGCCCGUUGGCGACGAGGCUGCUUCCCAGAUCCCUAGCAUUGCGUACAACUUUCCCGACCUUGAUGCCACCGUCCGCGUCUUCCUGAACUUGACGGAGACCCGCCAGAGCGUGGCUUGUGUCGAGGCCGAUAUCUCCAAUGGAAAGACGGUUGACUUGAUUGCUAUCAAGUGGGUUCUCGCUAUCAUCUCUGGUCUGAUCCUCUGCUCCUCGGCUAUUAUCAACGGCUUAGGUCAUUCCAACGCCGCCGCCCACAUAGCUUCCGGUGCUCUCUCGUUGUUCGGCUUCUUCCAAGCCCAGGCUAUGCUCGGCCUGACUGCUAUCCACCUGCCUCCUGUUGUUCAGUCGUGGACCCAGGAUUUCCAGUGGUCGAUGGGUAUCAUCAACGUUGAUUUCAUGCAGGAUAUUUUCACCUGGUACCAGCGCGCUACCGGUGGUACGCCCUCUACCAUCUUCGAUUCCCUUACCACCGUCUCCGUGCAGGUUGAGAAGCGUGGCCUUUCCAUUCUCCCCGAGACGGCUGUCAACCUAUAUCGGCGGUCGGCUGCUAUGCUUCCGCGUGCCCUGGGGCCGCUGUUGAAGCGCGCCAACGUUAUGACCGGCUCCGGUAGUUAUAUCGUAUUCGGCAUUCAACGUGCUGCGUUCAGGGCUGGUAUCGAGACCACCAACGUAUUCAUGACUGGUCUGACCUUCUUCUGUCUUCUGGUGAUUUUCACCAUUGGCGGCGUCGCGGCGUUCAAGGGCUUCUGUGAACUCGCCGUGAAACAGAAGUGGAUGAAGGGCGACACGUUCCUCGAGUUCCGCAACGGAUGGCUUACCGUCCUGAAGGGCAUCUUGUUCCGCCUGACUCUGAUCGGGUACCCCCAGAUGUCCAUCCUCUGCCUCUGGGAGUUCACGCAGGUCGAUUCCGCGGCCGAGGUUGUUCUUGCCGUCUUCUUUAUCGUCGGUAUGACGGUCACCAUGGGCUGGGCAGCUAUGAAGGUCAUUCGCAUGGCCCGCCGCUCCGUCGCCAUGCAUCGCAACCCUGCCUAUAUACUAUUCUCGGAUCCUCAGGCCUUGAACAAGUGGGGUUUCUUAUACAUCCAGUUCCGGGCAUCUGCUUAUUACUUCAUCAUCCCGAUUCUCGGGUAUACGUUGGUUAAGUCCAUGUUUAUCGCAUUCGCCCAGGGUAACAGCACUGCUCAGGCUAUCGGGUUCCUUCUCAUCGAAGCCGCCGCUCUGAUCACCGCCAGUGUUCUUCGACCGUGGAUGGAUAAGAGCACCAACUCGUUCAACAUCGCUAUCUGUGUCGUUAAUUUCCUCAACGCCAUUUUCCUCUUGAUCUUCUCCGAUGUUUUCAAUCAGCCCCCGUUAGUUAAUGGUGUUAUUGGUCUUAUCCUCUUCUUCCUCAAUGCCAUAUUCGCUACGGUACUGCUCAUCAUGGUCAUCGUGUCGACGACGCUAGUGUUCUACCGCAAGAACCCCGACGGCCGCUACCAGUUCAUGGCCGACGACCGAGCAUCCUUCAUGAAAUCGCAGUCUCAGCUUACCGGUACCACCGAGCUAGAUGCUCUAGCUGCCACCGCGCGGGGGGACAAGGCAGGGUACAAGCACGGCUUGGACCUCGACGACGACAAUGAGUCGAUAUCCUCUGCGUCCAUGCGACGCCGAACGGACACGUCGACUCUGACCGUCCCCGCAGCAGUCCCGAACGGUGCGUAUGGCCGUAACCAGCACCACAACAGCACGGGCCCUAGUUCUCCCGUAGACCCAUCAGUCCCGCUAUUCCCAGCUGGUGGCGCACAGAGGACCCCGAGCCCGUACGGUGGUUCCUCCGUGUCUUCGCGGCAACGCGACAACAACAGCCCCCCGGGAUCUAGAGCACAGAACAAUGCUAGCCCGUGGCAACGAGGCGCAGGCUAUGAGCACUAAGCGGCAACGUCCGCACCUAUAGAGAGAGGUUUCUCGUAGCUGGAUCUGAUCCACGCAUAUAUUCACAGGGCGAUGCAAUUACGACAAGAACG